GCGCCGUCCAUUUAUGAACAUUCUGGGAUCUACGCAUGACCGACGCCGCAGCUGCGAACGCCAAUCUGCGCCGACCCGUUGGCGACAUAGAGGUGUCUUUUGCUCAGUUGCCUCCAAAGUUCAAUUCAAUGGCAUCUCAUGGUGCACGCCCGCGUUGCCCUGCCCCUCAUCAUAGCGCUAUCUCGUCAGAUUGACCCAAGGGUGCUCACGCGACCUGGGGACUCCAUAGAGGCAUGCUUCUUUUCCUUCACCUGCUCACAUAGAUUCCCACCCAUCUGGCGGUUCCUGGCGUCAUCAGCGCACGGACUGCCAGCGAGCGGGUUUCUCCUCUCCCUAAAUCGCUCGGACACGACAGGUUGACUGAAGCGACGACCAUUGCCCCGAGCACCCUUGAAUCAACCUGCAACCUCCCGGCAGUUUGGGUCGAUCACGAAGCUUCACUAGCAAUGGCAGACGUCGAGAAGAAAGACGCGACGGUCGUGUCAGCGGACGUCCCCGUGGACGCGCGCUCGCUAAGCGAUGACGCGCCCGCCGCCGCCAUCGACACCAGCGGCGUCGACGAGAAGAAACUCCUCCGCAAGAUCGAUCUGCAACUCAUCCCAUGGCUCUCGCUCCUCUACCUGCUGAGCUUCCUCGACCGCACGAGUAUCGGAAACGCGAAGCUGUAUCAUCUUACCACCGAUCUGCACAUGUCCGACAAGCAGUACUUGAUCAGCUUGACUGUGUUCUACUUCAGCUAUUCAAUCCUUGAAGUCCCUUCCAAUAUAUUUCUCAAGCGCUUACGGCCGUCGAUAUGGUUGUCAGGUCUUAUGGUAUUCUGGGGUAUCAUGAUGACGCUGCAAGGUAUCGUAACGAACUAUCCCAGCCUUGUUGGCAUGCGUGUCUUGCUGGGUACCUUCGAAGCUGGUCUCUUUCCGGGCGUCAACUACUACCUUUCAUGCUGGUACAAACGCAGCGAAUUUGGCAUUCGAGCCGCCGUUUUCUUCUCCGCCGCGACCGUCUCCGGCGCCUUCGGCGGCCUCCUCGCUGCCGCCAUCUCAAAGAUGGAUGGCAUCGGCGGCAAAGCCGGCUGGGCGUGGAUCUUCAUCCUCGAGGGGCUCGCGACCGUGCUCGCCGGGAUCAUCUCCUUCUGGAUCAUCCAGGACUUCCCGGAUACCGCAAAGUUCCUCUCCCCCGCCGAGCGCGCGGUCGUGAUCCGGCGGCUGCAGGCGGACGACCAGUUUAGCGCGGCGGGCGAGCAGCUGAAGAUGAAGUAUAUUUGGAAGAGCUUCGCAGAUUGGAAGACGUGGGUAGGGAUGAUCAUCUACGUGGGCUGCGACAUGCCACUGUACUCCUUCUCCGUGUUCCUGCCUACUAUCAUUAACCAGAUUGGCUACACGGCGACGCCCGCGAACCUCCUCACCGUGCCGGUCUACGUGUUUGCGUGCAUCGUAACGUGUAUCGUGGGCGUCUGCGCCGACCGGUACGGGCAUCGAGGGUUGUUCAACAUUGGCUUCUUCAUUUUGGGCGCUGUGGGAUACAUCAUCUUGAUCGUCUCGCGCAGCGGUGCGCUAUCGUAUGUCGGCGUCUAUCUGGCAGCAUGUGGGAUAUACCCCAAUAUUCCCAACACGAUUGCAUGGAUGUCCAACAACGUCGAGGGCUCGUACAAACGCAGCGUAUCGCUGGCUAUGGUCAUAGGCUUCGGUAACAUCAACGGCGCCGUAAGCUCGAACGUCUAUCGCGACAAGGACAAGCCUUGGUACACUCUCGGACAUGGUCUCGUCCUCAUGUACAUCGCCUUCGGCCUCAUUUCCAGCACGGUCUACCUGUUCCUUGCCGACAGGGAGAAUCGGCGGCGGGACCGCGGGGAGCGCGACGAGGUCAUCAGGGCGGAGGGCACUGACGAGGGGAAGGAAGGCGACGAGGGCAAGAAGGGAGGACACGCGCGCAAUGGCGUGUACGAUAGUGUGGACGCGGCGAGGCGGGACAAGGGGGACGAAUGGAGUGGGUAUCGGUACACGCUGUGAACGAGGGAUGACGAAAGCCAACAUCGGAGACGACGAGUGCCAGAGACGGGGGCGACGAACGUUAUGACGAAGACAUGAGUCCUUGUAUACUGACUAGCGAUUUACUGAUGUCGAGGAUGCGGAAGGGAACAAAAUGCUUGCGAGGUGCGAAUGUGUACGAGGGAGCGGCUUGUGUUACUGCGCUCGAACACGCUUGAAGGAGGGCCAGACAGCAAGACUCCUGGGAAGAUGCCACUCGAGGCUGAUAGAGUACGACGCCUUUACAAGCGAGAAGUAUGCGGUUUGACGUGGAG